AUGCUAAAGUAUGUCGAUAACCCAGCUGUUCGUUUCGUUAUCAGCGUUGUCAGAUGGCUUCCCGUUCUGUUCAUAUUUGCAGUCUUGUGUUGGGCCUAUUACGCCUACGUAGUUCAGUUGUGUUUGCACACAACUCUGCAUUACUUUGAAAGAAUAAUAUUCCUAACGGGCUUCCAUUUGCUGUUGCUGUUCUUCCUAUGGUCAUAUUACAAAACAGUAUUUACACCAGUGGGAAAGCCCCAGAAAAUAUUUUACUUGCCGUCUGAAGUAAAACGUGAGAUGCAGGGGGCUGGAAGUGAUCAAGAUUGCAGUGCAAUUUUAGACAGAUUUGUGAGACAGCAUCAAAUACCGGUUACAAAUCGGGCAUUUGAUGGAACAAUUAGAUACUGCAACAAGUGUUCUUGCAUAAAACCUGACAGGAGUCACCAUUGCUCUGUUUGUGGACAUUGCGUGUUGAAGUUUGAUCAUCAUUGUCCGUGGGUUAACACUUGCGUUAAUUAUCGCAAUUAUAAGUUUUUUGUGCAGUUCCUUGGAUAUGGCUUUUUGUUAUGCCUCUGGGGCUUCUUCAGCGACAUGCCAUAUUUCAUCGGAUUUUGGAAGAGCAGUUUGCGAACGGACGAUGGUGUAGGAAGGUUUCAUAUUUUGUUUUUGUUCUUCGUGUCGGGAAUGUUUUCUGUUUCGCUUUCUUGUCUUUUUUUCUAUCACCUCUACCUCACUGCUCAUAACCAGUCUACUAUCGAAUCAUUUCGACCGCCAAUUUUCACUUAUGGAGCUGACAAAAACGCUUAUAACUUAGGUAUUCGUCGAAAUUUUGCCGAAAUUUUUGGCCACACUCCUACUAGUAUUACCCCUGUGCUUCUAAGCCCUUUUUUUUGUAAACUCGCCUUGCACGCUCAUCUAGAUACCUUUAGCUGUGGUGAUGGCGUACAUUAUCCGCAAAACUCAAGUCCUGAUGUUCAGCAAUCAUCUCUGAAGCCUUAUGUUAGGCAGUCUGGCUCACUGAUGCUGCUGUUCAUUAGCACUUUGCUUUCGUAA